CAAACAGACGCUGCAGCGACGGAGUAAAGAGAAAAUACUACAUAUGCAUCUCCUUACUGUUGCUGAGAAGCCUACCAAUCAAAGGGUGCAGAAAUUAAUGAGAAAAACAGUCAUGUAUUAUUCGUUGUCACGCUCCUACUCAAAAGCACUCGUCUCAAAUAUAUUUAAAAGCCAUAUAAAAAGAAUUGAAAGGCAGAAAUUCACAUUAACAGACAGCACCUGAAAGCGGCAUAGACUAAGCCCAGUGUGUGUAUGUGCAUGUGUGUGCGCUGGCGCUCUGUUUGUGAGGCAGAGAGUUGCGUGCGAAGAGCUCGACAUGUCAUUCAGAGGAAUCCGCCACCUGAAACGCGAGGAAGUGAAGGCGACUCAAUUGGGUAUAAAGCAUCAGCCAACAUCUGCCCCGAGCAGUGCAAAGCUGAUGAAAACAUCAGCUCGGAGCUCAUACAGGACCUCUCCGAUUUAUUUUAUUUCCCUUGGAUUUAUCAUUUGGCAUAACCGAGUCGGUGCACCCAGGGAGACGCAUCUCUUUUCUGCACUUUGAGUGAAUGUGACUCCACAACCAUCACUAUACUGGAAUUAACUCAUACCCACAGGGAUUUUGGCGCACCUGUUACCUCCACGGAGCGCAAUAUCAUGAUCCCUCCGGGAGACUGCAUGUAUGCAGGCAGAAAGAGGAGGAAGCCCGUGCAGAAACAGAAGCCGUCCUCUGCCAAUGAGAAAACCAACCCGUCCAAGCGGCACAGAGACAGGCUGAAUGCUGAGCUGGACCGGCUGGCCAGCCUGCUGCCGUUCCCCCCGGAUGUCAUCUCCAAGCUGGACAAGCUGUCCGUGCUGCGGCUUGCAGUUUCCUACCUCCGUGUCAAGAGUUUCUUCCAAGCGAGCCAUGAGAAGCCCUCCAGGAAGCACAAUAUCAGCACAGCAUCCUCUAACCCUGAACCCAGGAAAGAGAGCCUUCCAAUGGGCACCACCGUCAAUGAAAGCAGCCUCCUCCUGGAAUCUCUUACAGGCUUUGCCUUGGUGGUGAGCAGUGAUGGGAUGGUCUUUUAUGCCUCUUCAACCAUAGUGGACUAUCUGGGAUUUCAUCAGACUGACGUGAUGCACCAGAAUGUGUUCGACUACAUCCACAUAGACGACCGUCAGGAGUUCAGACGCCAGCUCCACUGGGCCAUGUGUCCUCCACAGGGGCCGCCGACACACCAGGACCACCAGCUAGCUGCAGGGACUGGUGAGGACUUUGUAGUGAGCAGCCUGUUCCAUUCUCCGGAAGCAGGGGGAAUUUCUCCUGAGCUCUCCUGCUUUCUCAACAGAUGUUUCAUUGCCAGAGUCCGAUGCCUCUUGGACAGCACCUCUGGAUUCUUGACUAUGCAGUUUCAGGGUCGGUUGAAGUUCCUCCACGGUCAGAAAAAGAAGUCAGCCUCCGGGACUCCGAUGCCUCCCCAGCUGGCUCUGUUCUGCAUAGGUGUCCCCCUUCUACUGCCCUCCAUCACAGAGAUGAAAAUGAAGAACAUGUUAAUGCGAGGGAAGACCAAGGGAGGAGGUGGAGGGAUUAUCUCUGCACUGGAGCAUGGUGAGCGAGGGGAACACCUCCGGAGGCACUCCUUCAGUGGGGGAAUGGGUGACAUUGCAGACCCUCUCCUCCUCUCCUGUCCCACUCCUGGCGCUACCCAGCGGGGUCACCACACUCCCUGGACCCCCCUCUCCAAAGACAACCUCAAGUACCGCCCUGAGGGUUACUACAACCAGGAGGAGCCCCUCAACUUCUGCAAAUCCACCAUGGCUUCCCAUAAAGGUGUCAGCCCAGGCCUGGGCGGCGGUUGGCCUCUGCGGCCAAACUCAGGCCCCCUCAGAACGGGCCAGGGUGUCGGCUACAUCACCUCUAACCGUAUGAACAAGGCCGGCCAGUACGGGAAGCCAUACCGCCUUUCCCCCAGCUGCCACAGCGGCAGAGGAGCUGAGGUUUUUGUCUCUAAGCUCUACGGGAACGUCCAGAUUCCCACAGACCCAGAUGCAUACUGCGUGGACCUGGUGAAGAAUGAGAACGGCUAUGGGGAGUGCUAUGAAGGCCACCUGAUGUCCGAGAUGCCAAUCAAGGUAGAGCACGACUCGGACUCUGAGAAUGGCUGCGAUGCCUAUGGGCGACCCUGGGCUUGCCGUGACCCAGAGGCCAUCGAACGCCGCUAUGGUAACGGGGUAUAUGACCAGAGCUCAAGCCUCCAUCUCAAAUCAGAGGCAGAUUAUUAUGAUCCGCAGUACUCGCCCUGUCAACGAGGGAAAGCAGGAAUCAGCCCACCGUACAACAACGGAAACUAUCAGAACUAUGCAGUCAACAACAGCGGGAACACAACCGGACGGCUGUUAAAAUGUGACAAAGACUUGGGCAAUAACAACGACAACAGCCAGUUUAGUCCUCAGAGACUCUCUCACUCAGACUCUCUAUGCAGCAACCAAUCAGUCAACCUCAUGGACUCACACAUCUACCCACAGGACCCACACAAGGCCUACAUGCACCCGGACUACAACAAGCACGGCACUUACGAGUUCAAAGGUCACGGCCUGGUCCAUUCGAUCAAGCAGGAGCCCAUGGACUCCCCACCAUGGUCUGAGAGCGCUCACGACAUAAACCAGUCCAUGAUGGUUGGUCCAAGGAACGUUAUGCCAUGUGUCAUGAGCACAGGGCACCACAAAUCUAGUCCCUACAUUUAUAUGCCAUAAGAGUGAUUGGUGCAAAAACGUCAUCAGAUAAUUUCACACACUGACACACACACAAACACAUACACACACUCAAGCAAUCAGUGUGCAUUAAAGUACUUUGCAUUGCGCCACAUGCACCAGCAUUACAAAAGGAUUCCCAGGAUGUCAACAUGUAAAAGACUUCUUCUGUUUGAUGAAGAGGUCAUAAAUAAGGCUCAGGUUCUAGUGUUAGUGUUGUGACAAUCAAACGUAAAUACUUUGAAUCCAGUUUAUGGAUAGAUGAUUUUUGUUUUUAAGAAAUACAUUUUGUAGUUGGUUCCUAGCACUUUUGAAUUUAGUGACAAUGAGACAAAUGAUGUCUAGAAACACCAUUUCAUUUUGUUUUAUGUGUUGUGUACACCUGGCUUUUGUGGGAGGAACAAAGAUUUUGCUGUAAAAAGAGACUUUUUUGUUUUUACGUUGUACACAGGAGAUGAUUUAGACCUACUGCUGGUUUUAUCAAGGGAGAUGGCUGAUUAUGAGAGCACACUUCCAAGGCGGUCAUAAAAACUUAAAGGAUAAUCUGCCUUGAUGGUAGUUUUGCAUGUUUUAGUGCUUUAACUAUAAAACACCGACCUAUUUCAUAACUGCCCCCAGUGAUGUGUGAAUGAAAUUUACUAGUUUCUAUGCAUUUUAGACUUGUGUUAAAAUCAACUCCCAGAGACUUGAAACUUAAUCAGUUGCAGUAAAAAUAAUGUUUGGUCACAGUUACAUAUAUGUUGCAUGAAAAUGCUUUUGCAACCAGGGUCUGUUUAGAAAACACUCCUCAUUCCUGCAUUCAAGGACUCUGAUAUCAAAUACUGAGCAUUUUUAAUGCUUGGCACAACCAAAUUCAUAUGAUCUUUUUCAAAACAGCUUUGUUUACUCAAAAUCUGUGUUGUGAAUUUGAUAUUCCAAGAGCAUAGCGUACAAUGCAAUGCUUGGACAGUUAAAAAAAAUGGUUUCUUCUUGCAAAUGCAGAAUUCUUUGGAAAAAUUAUGCAACUUGAAGUUACUGGACCAAAACAUGUAAAACUAUUGGCCAAAGCUUUAAAUAUUUUCAUUACAUCAUUUAAAAAAAAAAAACCUAAACUAGUAACUGAUAAAUCAUAUAAAGGCAUACAUGAGGGGGCACAGGAUGUAGGAUAACAAACGCUCAGCCACCACCUGUGGUUCAAGCAUGUGCUCCUUGACCUCCUUGUGUAACAGAUGAAUGAUCACACUAGAAUUGCCCUUAAAUAACAGGACCUAAGAUGAACAUGGACCUAAGAAAGAUGGUCUGCGCCAGUUGAACGACUAUAUUAAUUAUCAGUUGAAGGUUUGUUUGGACAAGGUAGAAGUGUUUGUUUAAAUUGAAGGAAAAGAAGGCAGUCUGUUGUUAAAAGGUUCAGUGUUGAUUCUUCUUUAAAUGCACACAAUAAUUUUAUCAUUUUAAGUCAUGCAACACCUGUCGAACAUAAAAAUAAUUUAUGUGAUUUUAUGUCAAAGCUAAUGUUGUACAGUUUUGAUUAACAUUUCAAACUAAAAGCAGAAUAUCUCACUGCAGAUAAGACACAUUUCCUUUGAAAUGAAUAUACACUUUUCAUGUUGUCUUUUGAGUCCGAAAACAUCAGACGUUGUCUUCACAAUCAAUAUUUUUGCACAAAUAAAUUAAAAGCACCAAAUUGAUUCAAUGUCAGAGUCUCAGUUCUGUGAAGCUACUGUUGUAGUUUCUAAAUUGCACUACUGGGAGUAGUUCAGUCGAAGUUCAGCCUACCCAGACGAGUUUUUGAGUCGACACGCACAACUGUACAUGGUGUCACUGUUUUGAAUUUGUCUUUUUCUCUUUGUGUGUGUUCAUUUCAAUAAAUGUUUGAUGAUUGGUAUUUAUUGUAAGAGGCAAAAGUGUAUAAUUUAAAAAAAAAAACUACAGUUUUGAAGGCUUUUCUGUUUCACUAAGGUAAAUAAAUAUGGCUUUUUUUUCUUGCGAUCUUUUUGAUAAAUGUCAUACUUGUCUCAUGGAGGAGGUAGCUGCAAGGUAGCGAACACAGUGUACAUAUGCAGUGUCUUCCAAUGUUUCUACGUGUUUUUGCAAAGGGGACUUAUCUAUUA